AAUUCACCGGCAGAGGAGCGAAGCAGCCACAGUCUCCUCCGGCUCAAACUUAAAGUGUCCUGUGCAGCCACACAGCAUGGAAAAAGGACGAAGCACCCCGAAACAGUACGGAUCCCUAGAUCAAACGGAGCUCUGCGAAGACACUGGCAAACAAGCUGAAGAUGACGUGGUGUCCAUGGCUGAUUCCACUAUUACUGUGGAGGACAUUGAGGGAGAGCUCUUCAAAAUCGAGAGGAUAAAAGAUGCACUCGUGCGCAAAGAGUCUGAGCUCAGAUAUAUGAUGGAUGACAUCCAGUUGUGUAAGGAGAUCACAAGGCUCAAAAAAGAGCUCCAGAAACUGGUUUCCAUCCCAGACAAAGACAAGUCUAAUGAGGACCGACAGCGUGAGGAGGAAUUGCUUCAACAGAUCCAGAAGCUGGUGGAGACGCGUGACUUUCUAGUAGAUGACAUGGAGUUUGAGAGGCUCAGAGAGCGAGAGGAGGAUAAAGAGAUGGCUGACUUCCUACACGGCAAAUUUUCCAACAGGUGCAGCUUAAAAAGUCAAAGCAAGGACAGGAGAAUGACAUCCAAAGCGCAGCAGACUUCGUCGUCUCCAUAUAUGAGCAAGACAGGUAUCACGCUGCUAAAAGAGUGCUGUGGCUUCACCUGCUCCAUCAUGUAAAACAGCAGAGUGACACGUAAACAAACCCCCAGACCCCAUGAUUCAGCACAAUGUUGUCAAGCUCUCACACAUUUAAUUUCAUAACAGAUGGCAGAAGGUGAGCGCCUAACUGAUGUGCAUUUUAUGCAGCCACUCAUUGAUGACAGGCUGUGGAGUUAUUAGAAAAUAAAGCACCUCCGAUGUGGUGAUGGCAGAGUUGCUUUGACAUCUCAGGUGUGCUUUAUUUUCGAAUAAUUCUGCAGUCUGGAGUGAGUUAUUCUGGUUAUGCUACGGUUACAUUUGUCAAGUUUUUGUCAUCAAACACUUUCUGCAAGGUACCCCCGCAUCCUAGAGAUUUGGAGGUGUUGUUUCCCAGUAAAGGAAGUGACCUGGAGAUUGAUAGAAAUGACCAAAUGUCAUGGGCCCAGUUUUUCAAGAAAUGAAAUCUGGAUCAGAUUGGUUCAGAAUUGGAAAUCCCAUGUUUUGCUAUGCAGGAUUAAGUGAUCUAUCUUACUUUUAUGACAGUUUUUUAAAAGAACAUUGGGUUGGAUUAAUGUGAUCCAAAUACCAAAUUUUAGGAUUACCAAAUCCUGUUUACCAAAGCCCAACAGCAAAGAUCAAUAUGUAGGCAACAUAGCAGUGGACACAAACAACCAUUGUUUGUUUUUAAUGGUAAGAAACAGAAACACUGCAAUCAACAAACAUUUAUAAGUUUUAGUUUGUUCUAAUACAAUACUGCUUUGAUAUUGUUUGUUGUUAUUUAGCAUUUUUAUUAGGUGUGAUAUGCUUCAAAUACAGGUAGGCUUCAAAUAUGAAGGAAUCUAUAUAUCAUCAGUAACUAUUAAGUUUGUGAUCAUUCACUUAAAAAAUAAAACUUUUGAAUUUUAUUUGGUUUAUUCUGUUCAAAAAAUCUCAACUGAAUCCACCCUUCGGAUGUGGGAUAAAUCUUUUUCUUUCUUUUUUUUUUGAUCAAAUAGAUCCCAAUCUGAGUUUAAAGUUUUGAAUAACCCAAAGGGCAGGUUUUAUCCAAAUUAAAUGUAAGACUAGAUUACAUGGUCUGAUCUUUAUUAAAAAUCCCUUUGUUACUUUUGAAAAACCCAUUUCAAAGAUUAGAUCCAAUCUGUGAUCCAAAAUCCCACUGGAUUACUUUUGAAAUGCUGGGCCCAGGAAAUAAUCCUUUUUUAUGCUUGGAUUAAUUUCUGUAUUUUAGAGUUUUUAUUUUUCAGUUUUAAACAAAAUACUGUCCAUAAGCUUACACUGUAAAAAUAUCUGAGAAUUUAGUUUUCCAGAUUCAUGUUUUUUUUUACUUAUUUAUGCUUUUGAAUUGGAUUAUACGACUUUGACCUGUCCUUCUAACACUUCUGAUGUUGAAAAAUGUGAAAAGUAACUUUUAUUGACAUUUUAAUAGUAUAAAGUGAUAUAUUUUCUGAGUUUGUGUUGUAAAUUAUAGUACAUAAACCCGGUAAUAAGCUGCCA